CUUGAUUGAUAGUGGUGAAUUGGUUGUGCGAGAGUCAAUCAAUUCACUGCUUUGUACUGGAAUUCAUUCCAGUAGUGGAGAUCUCUGUGAAUCGCCUUAGCAGUCUAUCCCGGUGAAGGCUAGUCGCCUGCCGGGUAUUCCUGUCUAAGAGGGCUUGGCCAGCUUACCAAGCUAAUUUAGGAUCUUCCGCAGUUUAAUCAACAGUAGAUCAACCAAAGGUAAUUGCAACUUGGACCUAAUUGAGGAGCUAGGGGGAAUCAUACCUAAGUGAGUUCCCAGCUUGUAAUUAGUAGAGUAAUUUAGUAAAUCAAUCCUUAAUCUAGUUUGCUAGACAAUCCUUAAUCUAGUUUGCUAGAUAAUGAACUGAAGCUGAAUAAUAGUAACUCUAGAGACCCGUGGAUUCGAUAUUUAUUACUUGUGCCACUAUACCGCAGUCCCUUUCAUUGGUUACACUUGGCCAUUGUUAGGUGUUGUGUUUUAGCGUGUCAAGUUUUUGGCGCCGUUGCCGGGGACUUUGUAGAUUAUUUGGAAAGACAGAAGUUUGUUACUUUAGCGUUUUUUUUUCACCCUUGAUUUUCACUUGGGUGUUUUUGUUUUUGUUGGUGCAGAUCUGAAUCAUGGAUCCUAAGGGCUUAUCCAACCAGUGGGGGUAUCCACCACCAUCUGACUGGUAUUACCCCGAGACUUCAUGGAGCAAUCAAGGAGGAGAAGACUAUGGAUUCGGGUUCCAGUACCAACCCCCUUACUACGGAGAACAAUCAGACCCCUGGGCAUAUCAAGAACAACAUCCUUAUCAAGAAGAAUUCCUCCCACAACCAGAAGGGCCAGUCACAGCCCUCACGGGCCAUCCGACAGAGCCAUGCUACACACCAGAGCCAGAUCCAAACUAUCACUUGAGGCUUCUCAUGGAGCAGAUUGCUCGAGUACCUGAGAGAUCCUUUCCCGAGAUGGAUCCUCAUAUCCAGGCCAUUGCCCAAACUGACUUCUCCUUUCCCCGUGAAAUAGAGGAGGAUGAAGAAGAAGGCAAUCAUGAGGAUGUUGAGGAGCAUACAUAAGUUGUCACAGAAAGCUCCCAUGAUAAUCAUGAUCAAGUGUAUCAUCUGGUGGUAGAUCACAACUUUCCCCAUUUCCGUUCUGACAUGCUGGGCCCAAGCGAGGAGAUGCAAGCUGAACUUAUUGAGAACCUUGCAUGGCGACUUGCUCUCCAAUCAGUUAUGGAAGAAGAAGAGAUAGAAAGGGUGAGGAAAGAAGUUGUGGAGGUAGAUCACUUUUUUCAUAAUAGGUCCAAAUGCUGUCAUAUUAUAUAUAUUGUGACGAAAUAUGUUGUCACACCGUUCGUCAAAACUACCUCGUAGAAACAAGUCUAUUAUGACAAGAAAAUUUAAAUUGUCAU